ACACCUUAAAAGCAAGCCUCUUUAUAUGAACUUAUACAAGCUCAAACAAACAAGAAACCACGCAUUCUCAACAAAUAAUAUCUACUUACAAGCAUACUACUCCGGCCACAUUUAUAAGCAAAAGUCAAGUUUUCAGAUUCAUUAAACAACUGAUGUAUCUAUAUAGUCCAGAUACAUCAAUAUAGGCCAGAUACAUCAGUUAUUCGAUUAAUCUAAAAAGUGAAUUUUCGGUUAUAAAAUAUCGCUGGAGGGAGUAUUAAUAUCAAUAUAUCAAUGCAAUAGAAACAUGUUGAGCUCAAAACUAACAUAACAGAACUCAUUGUGACAUUUCAACAAACACCUUGUGUGCAAUCUUCAAGCCUAUACCAAAAGAGUAAUUACUCUAAACUCAUCAAAUUUUCGAUUUAUAGGAUGUUGAUAGGUUCAAAUUGGGAAAUCCAAGAAGCUUUCAUUACCUUAAUCAAUCAAAUUGCUUUGAAUUGGAUGCAUUGGAUGAUUCUAAGGAGUAUCUUGCAACUAGAAGAGCGAUGGAUGUUGUUGGAAUCAGCAAUGAUGAACAGGAAGCUAUAUUUCGAACAGUAGCCGCUGUACUUCAUUUAGGAAAUAUUGAAUUUGUUAAAGCAAUGGAUGAAGGGACGGAUUCCUCUAAACCUAAGGACGAUAAAUCUUAUUUCCAUUUGAAAACUGCAGCUGAACUUUUGAUGUGUGAUGAAAAGUCCCUUGAAGAUUCAUUUUGCAAACGAGUUAUGGUGACUCGUGGUGAUACGAUAACAAAAUGUCUUGAUCCAGACUCUGCAGCUCUAAGUAGAGAUGCAUUGGCUAAAAUAGUUUAUUCAAGACUUUUUGACUGGAUUGUGGACAAGAUUAACAACUCUAUUGGUCAAGAUGCAAAUUCAAAGAGCUUAAUUGGCGUUCUAGAUAUAUACGGAUUUGAGAGUUUCAAGACAAACAGUUUCGAGCAAUUUUGUAUCAACUUGACAAAUGAGAAGUUACAGCAACAUUUCAACCAGCAUGUCUUCAAAAUGGAGCAAGAGGAAUAUACAAAGGAGGAGAUUGAUUGGAGUUAUAUCGAGUUCGUUGAUAAUCAAGAUGUUCUUGAUCUUAUUGAGAAGAAACCUGGUGGUGUUAUUGCUCUUCUCGAUGAGGCCUGUAUGUUUCCAAGAUCAACGCACGAAACAUUUGCUGAAAAGCUAUAUCAAACACUUAGUAGCAAUAAACGCUUCAGCAAGCCAAAGUUGUCGCGAACUGGUUUCACAAUCAAUCACUAUGCCGGUGAUGUCACUUAUCAAACCGACCUAUUCCUUGAUAAAAACAAAGACUAUGUUGUUCCUGAGCAUGCUGCGCUGCUCAGUGCUUCCAAUUGCCCUUUUGUUUCAGGACUUUUCCCACCUUUACCUGAGGAAACUAUGAAAUCAACGAAAUUCUCAUCCAUAGCCACUCAGUUUAAGCAACAACUGCAAUCUUUGCUUGAAACAUUGAAUGCCACUGAGCCACACUACAUUCGUUGCGUAAAGCCAAAUAAUCUUCUUAAACCAGGGAUAUUCGAGAACAACGAUGUGUUGCAGCAGCUUCGAUGUGGAGGUGUAAUGGAGGCAAUUAGGAUAAGUUGUGCUGGAUAUCCAACUAGAAAGACGUUCGAUGAAUUUGUUCAGCGGUUUACUAUAUUGGACCCUAAGGGGUUAAAAUCAUGCCCUGAUGAGAUGACUGCUUGCAAGAUGCUUCUAGAUAAAGCAAAUCUUAAAGGUUAUCAGGUUGGAAAGACAAAAGUGUUUUUGAGGGCAGGUCAAAUGGCAGAACUAGAUGCAUGCCGUGCUGAGGUCCUAGGAAGAUCUGCAAUCGUUAUUCAGAAAAAAGCUCGCACGUAUAUUUGUGAGAAAAAGUACAAAUUAAUGCGAUUCUCUGCCACACAAGUACAAAGGGCUGUUAGAGGACAACUUGCAAGACUUUGUUACGAACGCAUGAGAAGAGAGGCUGCCUCUUUGAUAAUUCAGAAACAAUGCCGCAUGUAUCUUUCGAGAAGUGCUUAUAAAACUACCUAUGCUAGAGCUAUUUGUAUUCAAACCGGCAUGCGAGGGAUGGCUGCUAGAAAUGAACUUAGAUUCAGGAGGCGGACAAAAGCUGCAAUUAAAAUUCAGGGUCGAUACAGAUGUCAUCGAGCUCGGACUUAUUACAAAAGGCUAAAGAGAGCAACAAUUGCAGUACAAUGUUCGUGGAGGCGAACAAGAGCACGACGAGAACUUCGGAAGCUUAGAAUGGCUGCUAAGGAAUCCAAGGCCCUAGAAGCCGCGAAACAAAAUCUAGAAAAGCAAGUUGAGGAACUAAUUUCGACUCUAGAAUCAGAGAAGAGAAUGAGGGAAGCCAAGACACAGGAAAAUGAAAAAUUACAACAUGCUUUGGAAGAGAUGGAGAUUCGGUUCGAAGAAACUAAAACAAAACUCACUCAGGAAUUCGAAGAAACUAAAACGAAACUCACUCAGGAAUGUGAGGCUGCGAAGAAAGUAGCUGAGCAAACACCAACUAUACAUGAAAAUGAAAAUAAUGUUGCUGACAGCGAAUUGAUAAAUAAGCUUACUGCAGAGAAUGAAAAACUCAAGGAGCUUGUUAAUUCAAUGGAAAAGAAAACUAAACUGGAGAUUCCUGAUAAUCUUACUGACAAUGAAGUGAUUAAUAAGCUUGCUGAAGAAAAUGGACAACUCAAGGACCUUGUUAAUUCAAUGGAAAAGAAAACUAAACUGGAGCUUCCUGAUAAUGUUACUGACAAUGAAGCGAUUAAUAAGCUUACUGAAGAAAAUGAAAAACUCAAGGAGCUUGUUAGUUCAUUGGAAGAGAAAACUAAAGACCAGAUUCCUGCCCAUUUUACUGAGAAUGAAGUGAUUAGUAAGCUUACAGAAGAUAAAGAACAUCUUAAGGAUCAGGUUAAAUCAUUGGAACAGAAAGUUGAUGAGACAGAGAAGAAAUAUGAAGAAUGUAGCCGGCAAAGCGAGGACCGCAUGAAUCAAAUUAUAGAGACAGAAUCAAAGAUGAUUGAGCUAAAGACAAAAUUGCAGAAGCUUGAAGAAAAAUUUUCUGAUUUGGAAUCUGAGAAUCAAAUUUUUCGGAAGCAAGCGCUGUUGAGUUCAACAUCUCAGAGAAUGACUGACAAAGUAGCCGCAAUUCCGCCUUUGGAAAAUGGUCAACAGGCACCAGUAAAAACACUUAAUUCAACAGAAACUGUGAGGAGAUCUCAUAUGGAGAGACAUCAAGAAAGUGUAGAGCUUCUUUUCAAAUGUGUGACAAAAGAUCUUGGAUUCUGUGAAGGGAAACCUGUUGCAGCAUUUACCCUUUAUAACUGUUUACUACAUUGGAAAUCGUUUGAAGCAGAAAAGACAAGUAUAUUUGAUCGUCUUAUUCAGCUUAUUGGUUCUGCAAUAGAGGAUCAGGAUAAUAACAAUUGUAUGGCUUAUUGGCUCUCGAAUACAUCUGCUUUGUUUUUCCACCUGCAACGAUGUCUAAGAGUACCAGCACGAAAACCACCCACUCCAACAGGGUUUUUCGGGAGGAUGACACAGGGUUUCCGCUCAUCCAAUAGUCUUUCCGGUGGUGCAUUUGAUGUAGUGCAACAAGUUGAUGCAAAGUAUCCAGCUUUGCUGUUCAAGCAACAACUUGCAGCUUAUGUAGAAAAGAUAUAUGGAAUUGUUCGAGAAAAUAUGAAGAAAGAAUUCUCCCCUCUGCUUUCUUCUUGCAUCAAGGAUCCCAAAGACAGCAACAGCCAACCAACUGGUUCAUGGCAUGACAUUACUGAAUGCCUUAAUAAAUUUCUCAAUGUUUUGAAAGAAAAUUAUGUGCCUCCCGUUCUAAUUCAAAAGGUAUUUAAUCAGACUUUUCAAUACAUCAACGCAGAAAUCUUUAACAGCCUUAUAUUGCAUAAAGAAUGUUGCACACUCAACAAUGGAGAAUACGUAAAAUCAGGGUUAGCUGAACUAGAACAAUGGUGUAAUGAAGUAACCGAAGAGUAUGCUGGCACAUCUUUGGAUGAACUCAACCAUUCAAAACAAGCAGUUAGAUUCAUGGUUUCUGAAAAGAAGGAUGAACUAUCCUAUGAUGAUCUUACAAAUGACAUCUGCCCUGUGCUGAGUUCUCAACAGCUUUAUAGAAUAUGUACACUAUUCUUGGAUGAAAAUGACAAUACCAAAAGUGUAUCAAGUGAUGUCACUACUAGAUUAAAGCUUCUAAUGACAGAUGAUGUAGCUGAUGAUGACAAAUCCUUCUUAUUAGAAGACAAUUCAAGUGUUCCUAUUAUUGUUGAAGAGAUUUCUCAUACAAAUAUAGAUAAGACAGUUCCAAAAAUAAAACCACCUGCAGAACUACUUGAGAGUGCAAACUUCCAAUUUUUACAUGAUUAUAGUUAAUCAUAAUUCAGCUGAUUAAUCACCAUGAUGUAAAUCCACACACUCCCUAUGUUUUUUUCUUCUUUAUUUUUCAGUGGCAUCCAUAUUUAUAUUGGUUAUAUGAUAGCAAAAGGGCAGGGUAGGUUUCAUAAUUCUUUGUUUAAUAUUUUAUUUUGACCUCUAAUUUCAUUAGAUUAUCUUAUAUGGAUGUUCACUUGGGGCACAAAUUUUUUGUAUUAGUAAGAGGGAACAAAAGUAACAUUUGUAAAAAAAUGAUAGGAAUUGAUCCCAUAGAUUGUUGUUGAUGCUAUGGUGAAAAUUGGCCAUGUAUGUAAUGGCAUUAUCCUUUGUAAUAUUACCUUUUAAGGUUUUUCAAUUAU